CUUUACAGUAUUCCAGUAAACGUGGGGAAUAAAUUCUGGCGCAACGAUUCGAACUCUAAAUUCUCCAUUCUCUUCACUCCAAAAUCCACAAGAAAUGGGCGCCAUCUGCCACGAAGACCUCUCUCUCUCCCCGCGUCGCACCAAUUUUGCUUCCUGUCAAGAUCUCAGAUUCUCCAAGCACGUGCACGACAAUGUCCACGGCAACAUUUAUCUCGACCCGCUGGCUUUGAAGUUUAUUGAUACAGAGCAGUUCCAAAGGAAAGUUGAUUGUUCUUUUUUGUUUGCUUAUUUAUUUAAUGUUAUGUUGCUAAUAGCUUUAAAUUAUUUUUCUCAUUACAGGCUCCGUGACCUGAAGCAGCUCGGUAUGACACACAUGGUUUAUCCAGGAGCUAUGCAUUCCAGGUUUGAACAUUCUCUUGGUGUGUACUGUCUUGCUGGUGAAUCUGUUCAGCAGUUCAAGAAGUACCAAGGUUUGGAGCUUGGUAUUGAUGCCUUCGACAUUCAGACAGUGAAGCUUGCUGGACUUUUACAUGAUGUGGGCCAUGGGCCUUUUAGUCACUUGUUCGAACGCGAGUUUCUUCCCUGUGUUCAUAGUGGCUCAAAAUGGUCUCAUGAGCAAAUGUCGUUGAAGAUGGUUGAUUAUAUCGUAGAUGAGCACCAUAUUGAUGUUGACUCUGGAAUGAUUAAAAAAGUUAAGGAGAUGAUUGUAGCUAGCUCAGAGUUUGCACUUCCAAAAGGCACAAGGGAGAAGCUUUUCUUGUAUGAUAUUGUUGCAAAUGGUCGAAAUGGCAUUGAUGUGGACAAGUUUGAUUACAUCGUCCGAGACUGCAGAGCUUGUGGUGUGGGGUGCAACUUUGAGUUUCAGAGGUUAAUGGAGACUAUGCGGGUUUUGGAUGAUGAGAUUUGCUAUCGUGCUAAGGACUAUCUGACCGUCCACAAGUUAUUUUACACUCGUGCUGAUCUGUAUAGAACUGUAUAUACACAUCCAAAAGUUAAGGCAAUUGAGCUUAUGAUAGUAGAUGCCCUGUUGAAAGCAAAUAGCUUUCUAGAAAUUUCAUCUGCCGUUGAAGAUCCUUGUGAUUACUGGAAGUUGGAUGACACAAUAAUCAAAUCAAUUGAGAUUGCUCCAGACCAAGAACUCAAGGAAUCAAAGGAUUUGAUUUUACGCAUCCGCAGAAGGAACUUGUACCAGUUUUGUAAUGAGUAUGCUGUUCCGAAGGACAAACUAGAACAUUUCAAAGAUGUCACCGCGCAAGAUAUUGUUUGUUCCCAGAAAAAUGGUGGAGUGAUACUAAAAGAAGAGGAUGUUGCUGUUAGCAAUGUCAGGAUUGAUUUGACUCGUGGAAGGAGUAAUCCUCUAGAAAGAAUCAACUUUUUCAAGGAUUAUGAGAGCGAGGAUAAAUUCACCAUACCUGAUGAUCGCAUUAGUCAUUUGUUACCCACAUGCUAUCAGGAUAUGAUAGUUAGGGUUUACUCCAAAAAACCUGAGCUGGUUGGAGCAAUCUCGGAAGCUUUUGAAAACUUUCAAUUAAAAACAUAUGGGCUUAAAGCACAAGUACAUUCAACACCAGAGAAGAAGAAAAGGCGCGUAUGAAGUGACCAUCCGCUUUCUUCAAAGAAUGUAGAACUUAUUUUCCCAGUCAGCAAAUGAAUACAGUUCACAUAUCAUACAAGACAUAGAAGCAUAUUGUUUAUGAAGCUAUUUUGGACACAGAGUUUCAGCCUUCCAUCGAGGUGAAAUCACGGCGGAUUCACUUCCACCACGUAAAAUCAAUUAUUUGUAUAUUUGAUGUCCUUUUGUCAUCUAUCGAAUCGAUUUAUUAAAUAUUUGAGGCGAACAUCAAGUUUUGUAGCUAGUAUUACUCAAUACUGAAGGUGUAAUGUCGAGAAUUGUUUAAGCUGUUGUGAAGGAGGAUAAGGGGCUUGACUUUGAGAGUCAAAAUCACGGGAGUUAAGUUAAAUUUUAUUUUUAUCUC